AUGUCGUCCAGCCCAGUACUCCCGCAAGGCGCGGGCUACGGUGUCGUGGUCGGAAUCGGCCUGUUCUUCAGCGUCUUCAUGGUUGGGUUGACAGCCAUCCAAGCGCGAUACACGGGAUUCUCGCCGAAGAACUCUGAAGAGUUCAACAGCGCCUCUAGGAGCGUCAAACCUGGUUUGAUCGCAUCUGGUAUCGUAUCUGCCUGGACAUGGGCGGCGACAUUGUUGCAAUCGAGUGCUGUUGCCUACCAGUACGGUAUAUCCGGUCCAUGGUGGUACGGCGCAGGUGCUACGGUCCAAAUUCUACUCUUUGCCCAGCUCGCAGCGAAGCUGAAGCUUAACGCGCCACACGCGCACACAUGGCUCGAGAUUGUCUACGCUCGCUGGGGCACCACUGCGCACCUCGUCUUCAUGUUUUUCGGCCUGGCGACAAACAUCAUCGUCUCAUCCAUGCUUAUCCUGGGUGGGUCAGCUACCGUGACAUCGCUCACUGGGAUGAACACGCUUGCGGCCUGUUUCCUAAUCCCAGUCGGCGUUGCCAUCUACGUCGUGGUCGGCGGCAUGCGUGCCACGCUCCUCUGCGACUACACGCACACCUCCGUGCUCUUUGCCAUUAUCUUCGUCUUCGUCUUCACCGUCUACGCGACCUCAGACAAGAUUGGCUCCUUCUCCACCAUGCACGCUCUCCUGGCGAAGGCCGCCGUGGAGGCACCGGUCUCAGGCAACGCGCAUGGGUCAUACCUGACGAUGCGCAGCAAGGACGGGCUGAUCUUCGGUGUGAUCAACGUCAUUGGUAACUUCGCGACGGUCUUCCAGGACCAGGCAUACUGGCAGCGUGCGAUCGCGAGCCGACCGGCGACUUGCGUCAAGGCAUACUUGCUCGGCGGUCUCGCUUGGUUCGCCAUUCCUUUCAUGUUCUCCACGACGCUCGGUCUCUCCGCCGUUGCGCUCAAGGGCGACCCGGCCAUGAUACCUCUGUCCGCAGCAGACAUUGGUGCGGGUCUACCCGCUUCUGCGGCGGCGGCUGCACUCUUGGGCAAGUCGGGUGCCGCGGCGCUGCUCAUUGUGCUUUUCUUGGCCGUCACGUCUGCGACCUCCGCUGAGCUCAUCGCCGUCUCUGCACUCUUGACGUACGACGUCUACAAAAGGUAUAUCAACCCGCAGGCGACUGAGGCGCAGAUCCUGCGCGUUUCGCAUGGAAUGGUCGUCCUCUUCGCCAUCGUUAUGGGGAUCCUUGGCUUAAUCUUCUAUUACAUUGGCAUCUCUAUGGGCUGGCUAUACGACUUCAUGGGCGUCGUCCUUGGCGCUGCCGUCGUCCCCAUUGCAUGCUGCAUCACCUGGCGCAAGGCGAACAAGUGGGGCUGCAUUGCGGGUGCGCUCAUUGGCUUCUGGUGUGGUGUCAUCGCGUGGCUCGUCACGACUUCUACGCUCAACGACGGUGUCAUCAACGCCACGACGACCUUUGGGAACUACGAAAUGUUGGCGGGUAACCUGGCCUCGAUCGGGAUGGGCGGUAUCAUCGCUGUGACGACGUCCCUCAUCUGGCCAGACGACUUCAACUUCGACGCCACGCGUGCGAUCAACACGCCUUCGCUCUCCCCGACGGAGAAGGAUAGCGUCGACCAUGAGCCAGAGGAGUACAUCGACGAGAAGAAGCGUGUUGCCAGCGAGGUGUCGACCGAGCCUGUCGUGAACUCGACGGAGGCGGCAAUGGUGGAAGAGGCGCAUGAGCUUGACCCCGUUGCCCUCAAGAAGGCGUACAAGCUUGCCGCGCGGUCCUCGAUCGCUUUGACGCUGAUUAUGCUGAUCAUCAUUCCGCUGCCCCUCUUCUUUGCGCAGACGAUCUACGGCGUGCGCGGCCUCACAGCGUGGGUCGUCAUCGGGAUGAUCUGGACGUUCUGCUCCGCCAUCUCUGUCGUGCUAUAUCCGCUCUACGAGUCGCGUGCAGCUCUGGGCUUGAUCGUCAAGGGGAUGACGAAGGAUAUCUUCAUGAGAGGAAGCGGGAAAUUCAAGCACCCCACACAGACGACGCCCGACGCAUGA